AUGGUUGAUAUUGCUCAAUUAAAAGGAGAAAUCCUCGAGUUUUUGAAACAAAAAAUAACUACAAAUUAUAGAAUUGCUAUCGUCAUUGUCGGUCCACCUGGUUCAGGGAAAUCCACCAUAGCAACAAGGUUAGCUAAUGAAUUAAACAAUGAUUACAAUGCUUAUUUGGAAUCACAUCCUUCUGUGAAACCAAGCUUCAAUCAUUCGACAGAGAAUAUAGAUUUACUGUCAGAUAUUCCAGAAAUCGAUCCAGAUUUGAAAAAAGAGCUUACCGCUUGUGAUGGAAUUUCAAAACGUUUAGUCGAGGAUUUAGAGUUUAGACCGGUCAAGUAUUCAAUUAAUCAAGAUGAAACGCUGGUUAUAGGAAGAGGUGGUCUACCAAAUUCAAUCCAAGUACGAAGCUCAAAAAAUAAGCAGAACAAUGAUGAUGCAAAUAAAAGCGGCAACAUUGCACAAAUUAUUCCAAUGGACGGUUUCCAUUUAUCAAAGGCAUGCCUAGAUGAAUUUAAAGAUCCUAAACAAGCACAUAAGAGACGUGGAUCUCCUCCAACUUUCGAUAGUAAUAAUUAUCUUGAAUUGUGUCGAUUACUAGGUAAGACAUGCAUUAUAAGUCCUCCUCGCAAGGAUAGGAACGAUAUGGAAGAAAACAUAAUGGAAGAAAUUGCCUCUACAUUUAUCGAUAAUGUUCCAGAGAUAUGUGUUUCUGGCUUUGAUCAUGCUCUCGGGGAUCCAACUAGGGGAGAUAUUUGUAUAUCUAAUGAUACUAGAAUAUUAAUCUUUGAAGGAUUAUAUUUAUUAUACGAUCAAGAAAAUUGGUCCAAAAUCUAUCCCGUUUUAAUGGAAACAGGAGCAGUCUUGGUAUGGAAUAUAGAUAGCGAUGAAAAGCUCAUUGAAGAACGAGUAGCUAAAAGACAUUUAAAAUCCGGUUUAGUAAAUUCAUUACGAGAAGGUAUUGAUAAGUUCAAACAAAACGAUUUGCUGAAUGCUCGAAGUAUAAGAAAACAUGCAAUAAAGGCAAAGAAUAUAUCAACAAUACAUAAUGAGGUACCUUUGUGA